GUUGGAUUGCCGCUCCUCCGCUGCGGCGGCGUGGAUUUCGAUCGCUGGCCGAGUCCGCGGCAUCGAAAUGCAGCUGGAUUUUCGGUAAGAAUGCCGGCGCUGAGGAUUUGCGCCGCGGCUCCCAAGCACAGGAAUUUUGCUAGGAAAAGCGACAAUGCCUGGAACCAAGCGCUCCAGAACGAGGCUAAGAAGAGGAAUGGAAGCUCUCCUCGUCCUAAACAGAAGACAGAAUGGAAGAAGAAGAAACCUGUGUCCAAGGAUGUGUCGGGAAUGUUUAUAAUCGAUCGAGAGGAAGUUCUUCAAGAAGAAGAAAUAGUGCCAACACCGGCUUGGAAUACGUUUGCUAGCAACAGCCAUGGUGUUUGGAGAGGAGUCGGAGCAGUUUUUUCUCCGGACACAGCAGCGGUGGAGCCAGUGGGUCUGGGUGGUAGAAACGAGUAUCUCUACGACUGCCGGAUCGUCAGUUUCGUGGAGUCUGUUCCCGAGAAGAGAAGCAUCGACAGGGAAGUGCUGUGGAAUUUGCAGAAUCCUUACGCUAGCAAAACACAGGAGAAGGUCCAAUCACAAGACGAAUUAAUUGAGCAAGAUUUGGCGAUAGAAGAGGCAGGAUUAGAUUUGGAGACUGAUAGUGGUGGCGAAGAAGGUUCUGUAGAAGAUGGAGCCUCCGACGAAGACGAUGUGGAGAGAGAGGCCGAUGGGACUAGUGGUGAAGAAGAGUUGACGGACGGUGAUGGAGAAUUUGAUGAUAACGAACAGGAACUUGAUGAUGACUUUGAUGACGAUGAGGAUGACUUUGAUGAAGAUGACGAAGAAGAACUAGAUUCGGACGAUGUUGCAGGGGUCGAAGAUCCUGAAGGAAGCUCUUCUGAAACUGAAGGUAGUACGUCUCAGGAAGGAAGUGUCGAACCGUUUACUUUAUGUGAACUCAAGGCCAAGCACUCAUACGAAGGCAUGAAGGAUGUGAUGGAGAAGGAAACAAUCGGCAUGGAGCCGGGUCUUGUGUUCUUUGAGGACGGAGCUUUUUCUCGGGGACCAACACGCCUGCUCAGAGCGAAAGAUGACACAACCAUUGCAAGGGGCUACUUUUACUCACCAACGCACAAAGUAGAGCAGUGUCUAGUUCGAGCUGGGCAUAAGCGGGUGCGGAUAUGUCACACGAUCUCAGUGAAUGACGAAACAGACGAAGUGGAAGUCUUGCGCGUCGCUGCGUACGAGGAAGAAUGGCUAGGACCUGUAAAUGAGCAAAGCUUCAGGUCAUCGAGCAACCCCGAGCUCAAGUUGCUAUCACAGCGCUCACGCCUCCAAUCAAAGGACUUGGUCGGAACUUGGAAGGUGUUUGAGAUAUAUUCUUCAGUCACUCAACAGCAGGAUAGCGGAGUAUUCACUUGCACAGAGUUCAAGAGGCGCAGGAGGAUACCAGCGGCCAGCAGCGAGCAAGAACCGGCCGUGCUGUGGCUGCCAGGUGACAUCUACACAUACGUCCAUUUGACCACAGCAGGCGUCCUGAGAAUCGGUGCUGGCUGGAGAUUGGAAGAGAAAACGAAUCUGGUGAUUGAGAGAGACUACGAUCCAGACGGCGAGCUACUCGGAGCCCGGGCUCAGACCGAAAUACUGCUCUAAGUCAACGAUAGGGGGACACGGUUCUACUGUCCAUGUCAACAACAUAAGACUAAAGAACAAUAGGAGAAUUUUCGAAAGGACGCACUGCUCAGCUGUUAAAUAGUGCUGCUGCCGGCUACUUCCAGCAGGAGUUGGGCGUUCUUGGCAAGGUGAAAGAUUUCUAGUGCAAAACGCUGUAUGGCAGAUAGCAUUUUGAUUUGUAACUUGCAGAUCAGUAUUUGACAUCA